CGACGUCGGGGUCAAUGAAAACAAACGGGGAACCCGGGGGAAGGAAGGCGGGCGAGGAGGAGGGAGCGCCGGGGCGUGGAAGGGAGCAACCGGGCCGCGGAAGUGCGAGCGGGAGGGCGGCUGCGGUCGCGAUUUUACCGCUGCCACGGUCGCCGCCGCCGAGGCUCGCCCGGGAUGUCUGAGCGCGCGACUCGCGGCCCCGGAGCACCACGCGGCGCCCGCCGUCCCGGCCUCUAAGGGCCGCCACGUCCCGGGGCGCGCGCGGGCUGAGGGCGGCUUAGGGCCGGCGGGGGCCGGGGAGGGGGCCGGGGCGCCCGGGAGGGGCUGCCGAGAGGGGCUGCCCCAGGCCCCGCGCCUACCCCAUCUGCGCGGCCGGCGCCUGGCCAGGAGGAUGCGCGGCGCCGGGCUCUGAAGCAUGGAGGGGGUUCUGUACAAGUGGACCAACUAUCUCACAGGUUGGCAGCCUCGCUGGUUUGUUUUAGAUAAUGGAAUCCUAUCCUACUAUGAUUCACAGGAUGAUGUUUGCAAAGGGAGCAAAGGAAGUAUAAAGAUGGCAGUUUGUGAAAUUAAAGUUCAUUCAGCAGACAACACAAGAAUGGAAUUAAUUAUUCCAGGAGAGCAGCAUUUCUACAUGAAGGCGGUAAAUGCAGCUGAAAGACAGAGGUGGCUGGUUGCUCUGGGGAGCUCCAAAGCAUGUUUGACUGAUACCAGAACUAAAAAGGAAAAAGAAAUAAGUGAAACCAGUGAAUCUCUGAAAACCAAAAUGUCCGAACUUCGCCUCUACUGUGACCUCCUAAUGCAGCAGGUUCAUACAAUCCAGGAAUUUGUUCAUCAUGAGGAGAAUCAUUCAUCGCCCAGCGCAGAGAACAUGAAUGAAGCCUCUUCUCUGCUUAGUGCCACGUGUAAUACCUUCAUCACAACGCUUGAGGAGUGUGUGAAGAUAGCAAAUGCCAAGUUUAAACCUGAGAUGUUUCAACUGCCCCAUCCGGAUCCCUUGGUUUCUCCUGUGUCACCUUCUCCUGUUCAAAUGAUGAAGCGUUCUGUCAGCCACCCUGGUUCUUGCAGUUCAGAGAGAAGUAGCUACUCAAUAAAAGAACCAGUGUCUACACUUCACCGACUCUCCCAGCAACGCAGGAGAACCUACUCGGAUACAGACUCUUGUAAUGAUAUUCCCCUUGAAGACCCAGAUAGACCUGUUCACUGUUCAAGAAAUACACUUAAUGGAGAUUUGGCAUCAGCAACCAUUCCUGAAGAAAGCAGACUAAUGACCAAAAAAAAAUCUGAAUUGGAAGAUUCUCUUCCAUCCUUCUCUUCCUGAGGAAACUGAAGUGUCCAACUUCCUCUAAGUAUUGCUAUGCAAAAGCUGCUGUUAUCAACUUGUUAUAGGGAGUAGUUUUUCCCUUUACUUAGUAUUUCUCUGCACUUUAUAGAAUAUUGUAAAACAAACAAACAAAAAACCAACCCACAUACUUUUGAAGUGUAUUUUAUCUUUAUAUAGUUUAUUUGCAAGAGUAUUUUCCUAAUAACUUCACAGUAUGAAUGUGCAUAUUUCUUUUUUUUUUUUAAAUAAAUGAUGGUGUAACAUUUUGACAUCCAUAAGGACAAAUGUAGAUAUUUUUCUAAAAAACUGUGAGGGACUGACAUCUUGGUCAGUGUAUAUUGUAGCUUAUACACAUGAAAUCUUGUAAGGUUUCAGUUUGACUGAAGUGUGAUAUAUGUAACUUGUGCCAUGGACCAAAAGGUCACCUUACCCCAGCUUAAAAUAAGUUACAAUAGCAGCUUGAUGAUGAUUGUAUCAAAUUUCUUUAAGAAAAAAGGAAAUGCUUAUUAUUCUAAAUAUCUUUAGCCCAAAUAACAUGACAUAUUGAAUAUUCUUUAAAAACCAGACUCUGCUGUCCUUCAUAUGUGAAGUUGACACUACUGAUUUGUCAAUACCAAAUGCUGGGUUAAAGUAUUUAAUUUUAUUUAUUUAUUUUCUUGUUUCCUCAAAGAUGAUUGCUUUCUAACUUUUGUGACCUACCAAAUUUAAGAUAUGUAUAUGUUGUUAUUUACAUCGUUCUACAAAAGAGGAUGAUGUUGUAGUGACUUGGCUCACUUACACCAGAGAAAUAAAUGACUUUCAGUGGAAGAGGAUUUUAGUGCUUUUUAAAUUUUUUUUUCCUGAAAUAGACAUUAAGCUGCUGUUGUAAGGUAUUGUUUGCAGCUCUUCAGAAUAUCUAGAGACAUUUUUAAUUUAUGACUAUUUAUACAAAAAAAGGAAUCCUGUCAAGUUGACUGUUCUGUAUCACUUGAGAAUGGCAUUAUUUAAAGAGCAAUUAGCAUUUGUUUAAUAGUGCCUGUCCAUAUCUAUUGUCAGUGUUUGCCUUGUAAUUUUUUUUUUUUUUUAAUUCACUUUGGGAUGAUAGUUUUGUCCAAGAUUUUGGAUGAGCAGCACUUUAAAACAAAUUGGCUUGGUGUUUUUAAGUUAAUCAUGUGUUUAAUAAAUAUGUGGUUUUUGCAUUCAAACUCAUCAUAUAAUAUAUUGUAUUUUUUACAUUCACUGAUAUUCUGUGUAGUCUUUAUUAAGUGUUAAUAUAUUCUUUAUGAUUUGAUUUUGUUUGUAUGUUCAGGCCUGCUGGUAAAUACACAAUGAAGUAUACUUUUAGCUUUUUGUUGCCUGUGAGCUUAGAAUGGUGUGGAUUAUUUCCCUUUAAAUUUCUCUUAUAAGUUUAUGUGGCAGUUUUUUUUAAAUGAAUUAAUAUUUGGUAUUUACUCAAAUAAGAUAUGUAAUUAUAGGCUUUCUUUAGUAUAAGAUGACAUCAAUGAUCUAUGUACAUUAACAUGUAUUUAGAUAAAAUGCUACUAAACACGUUUGUGAUUUUAAAUAGACUCCUCUAUGUUCAGUGGAAUCUUCCUGCUCAUAAGUUGUAUUUCAUGUCUAAUUGAAAAAAAAUUGAUAAUGCGACAAGUUUCCAUGUUGAAUAGAUAGUCAGGUUUUGUUGUUUUUUUGUUUGGUGGUAGGAACUUGCACAGUGAUGAGACCUUGAAGGUCAAGGUGCUACCGGUAAAGUUUUUCUGGUAGUUUUUUUGUUCAUUUGGUUUUUUUUUUAACAAAAUAAGAUUUGAAUUCAUAGGAAAUAGUCAAGUCCAUUUUCUAUUACUUUAUAGAUGGAUAAGUUUGUGAAAUUUUCUGUAAAUAUUUUAAAAAUAAAAUGCAGUCAUUCCUAAUUUGUAUUAUUUUUCACCCUUGAAACAGGUGCUCAGGUGUGCUAUAUCCCUCAGAAUGACUUUUAUUGUGACUUGGACCCACUUUUUUUCCUUUAGGAACCAAAGUAAUUUGUGAAAUAAUUUUUUUAUUUUUUGGAGUGGUAUAGAUAUAUCUUUAUUUAUAAGUAGGUUUUGGAUUUUUUUCUUUUCUUUUCUUUUUUCUUUUUGUUUUUUAGACAGAGUCCUGCUAUGUUGCCCAUGCUGGUCUCCAAUGUGGGCUCAAGCAGUCCUUCUGCUUCAAUCUCUGGAGUAGCUGGGAAUACAGGUGUGGUGACACCUGAUACAUAUCUAGGUUUUUGAUCAGUAGAUAGCAGGAAGCAACUUCUGAAGAAUAAGGAAACCUUGUAUUUUGAGGAAUCCCAUGUAUUAAGUGUGCCUGACUUCCGAAUUUUAAGGUAAAGAUGAACCGAAUAAUAACAAUUUUGUAAGAAUUUUAGCUUGUCAGGGUUUUCUAUAAUAUAUAGUUAUUGGUUGACUCUUUCUUGCUUUGUCCAGGACAUGAGGUUAUCGAGAAAUCUGGAAACGUUUGAUGUGUCAAUGGUCUUCUAAGCAAAACUAGUGCUUGCUUUACGUUUGAAGUGCCUGGUCCCUCUUGUGGGGGCAUCACAUUCAUCCAUGAUUAGAGGGACCUUGAUAAGAAUUGUUUUGUAACUGAACUAAAUUUGAAUUUUGUUACAUUAUAUUGGGUUAUUGUGUUAUCUUCAAUCAAGAUAAGUCCAGAAAUGAAUGCUAUUGCUAAACUUCAAUUCCAAGGCAAGAGAUAAAGCAUCUUUAUUUCUACAGAUGCCCUGGAACCUAUGACCCUGAAUUACAGUUUUUUUUACUAGACAUUACACUUAGAAAUUUAGAAAUCAUCAUAAAACCUCGGGAAGUAUGUCUUUGUGGUAUGUUAAUACUAGAGUGCUGUUAUGUUAGUAUUAUUGCAUCAUUAAUUUGAACUCUGCUAGUUCUUCCUUUAUUUAAUGAGGUACCUCUAUGUCAUUUGAGUCUUGCUGUUGUGUUUUGGUGUAUGAGUGUCCUGGCCUGAAGGGAAGCCCUGUUAGGCUAUAGGAGUUUCUUUAAGGUGGUCUCUCUUUAAGAGUUCUGCUGGGUAAGUACAUGGUAGGUACUUGAUAGCUGGUAGAUAGGGCUACAGUUUCUUGUCUUUUUGGUUCCCCAGUCCUCUUUCUGUAUGCUGAAUUUGUAAGUUUAAAUUCUUUUUUUUUUUUUUAAAUUAACUCUUUUAUUAAAGUAAUUCAUUCACAUAGUUAAAAAAGUAAAACGAAAAGAGCAAUUUAGAAUCCCGAAGAGAUGCACUUUUAAUGGUUUACUCUGGUGUUUACCUUCCUUUUUAAAAAUGGUACUACUUUUUCUUGAUUUAAUCAGUUUCAGAAAGCAUUUAUUGAAUUCCUUUUAUGGUAGGCAGGAUUUACUUUUUUAUAUCCCCACCUCUCCUAAUUUUCUUCCCCUUCCCCUUCCAAUAUAGAUGAUAUUCACAAAACUUUUUGUUUAAAUCAAUAGAUACAAAUAUUGUUCACUGACAAACUACAUGACUAUCAUUAUUUACUUUCUACUAGAAGCCUAUUUUUCCUAGAGUUAUAAUUGCCCAAUUGUAAAUUUUGCUUAGUUUAUAUACCUCUCACAGUGAUAAUCCAAAACCACAAAUCCUCAAAAACAUCAGAUAAUCUUACCGAUUCCUUUUUUUGGUGCCCUCUAGGGGCAGUAUUUCUUCCACAAUCUCUCUUCUGCCAUUCGGACUGUCCACUCUUCAGGCCUGUUCCUGUCUAUGUAUUGUGAUUUAGUCUCAUGUUGGAUCUCCUGUUUAGUCAAUACUGUGAUUUCUUUUUUCUUGAUUUGCUACCUAUUUUUUAAAAAUUCUUUUUGCCAAAGCUCCUGCACAAUAGCUUCCUGGAAAGAUUCACUGGAGGUCCAGAUUUUGAGACUUUCUGAGUCUGAAAAUGUCUCUGCUCUUGAUCAGUUUGGUGGUUUGAAGUCUGUGAAAAAUAAUUUUCCCUCAGUUUUAAAGGCAAUGUGUCACUCUCUUUCAGCAUGUGAUUUUACUGUGAGAAUUCUGACACCCUUCCUGUUUUUACUCUCUGAAAGCGUUUAGGAGCUUCUCUUUACAAACACCUUAAUAUUUUAUAAUGUCUAUCUGUCUUUAUUCAUUCAUUUUAAUGAGUACUUGACUUGGUGGAGUCUCUCAGUAGAUUUGACUGCUUUGAUUCUAGGAAUUUUUUGUGCAUUGUUUCUUUGAUUAUUUUCUCUGCCGUAUCUUUCUAGAAUUCUGUUACUUGAGCUUUGAACUUCCCAGAUUCCCAGAUUGAUACUCUAAUUUAAAAAGUCUUUUCUCUCCAGUUGCUGCUUCAGUUGUAUUAUUUUGGUUGUUUUUGUUACCCUUUGGCUCUUCAGUUGAGUUUUCUACAUUUAGAUUUCAAAGAGAUCUUUUUACUUUGUUAUUUUUCAUAAAACCCUAUUUUUAUUUUAUAGGUUCAGUGUCUGCUUUUCAUCUCCUUGAGGAUAAAAUAAUGGGGUUUUUAUUAUGUCUUUCCUCUUUCUUGCAUUGUUUCUAUUUUCCCCAUACUCCUGCUUUUUAUUUGUGUUGUACUCUUUUCUGAAGGCUUCCUUGGAAAUUUGGAGAGAUCAUUCGUUCAGGUUAGUUGUGUUACAAAGCUAAUUUCAUAGGCCUUUAUGGUUGGGCUGUUCUAUCAGUUGUCAGGGCCGUGGAGCAGAGGACUAGCCUUUUCUGUUAGGAUCCCUGAAUUUCAAAUCUUUUCUUUGGUGUCAAUUUCUCUAAAAAGUUGGGUUCUGGAAAUAGUUUAGGAGAAGAUGUCUGAGAACACCACAGUUUAUAUGAUGCUGUAUUUUCAGAUUCCUUCAUACCUGGUCCUCUAUAAUUUGUGACCUUCAGGUUCAGUUUUCCUGUGGAUAGCAGGAGAAGGUGGUUGACCACUGUGGAGAGCAAGGGAGAGGACCAGGGGUCCAGUUGCUUUUUGUAUAGACUUCUAAUCCUCAUUUCAGCUCUGUACCUCCCUUCUGUCUUCUACAAUACUAAUGCUUCAAAGUUUGCACUUACCAGGGGUUUGGUAUAUUUGUUGCUCCUCCCUCUGGUGCUUAGGCUUCAACCUCCUCCACGCUGCUAGGUUAGUUACAUACCUCCUCCUGGCUUCUGUCCUUAGAAAUUGUUGAGAUCUCUUGGCUUUGUAUUCUGUUCUCUUUGUCUUUGUGAAUUAAUCCCAUUUAUAUUCCUUAAGUGUCUUUUUGGUGGGGUUUUGGAUGUUGAGGAAAUAAAUUCAUGUGGUCAGCCCAUCAUGUUUAACUGAAAGUCUGGAUUUGAAUUCUAAUAGUGUGUAGGAAAUAAAAUUUCUUUAGUAUUUUGCAAUUCAUUCUUUCCAUGGUAGUAAUUUUUAAUUCCCACGCUUUUUACUAUAGUACCUACCUCAUAAAGCUGUGAUGAGUUGAAGAAUCAAUACACAAAAACACCUAGAAUAGUGCCUGUACACAGUAUGUUUUAAAUAAGGAUUCUUUAUUAUGAAUAGUUAUUAUCACUAUUAAUGUCACUACUAUCACUCUGAAUUCAGUAGCCCAUUUAGACUUGAAUGAAGAUGUUUUGCCAUAGGAAUAAUUAAUAUCUGGGAAAAAUAAUGUUGAUAAUAUUGACCUUACUACUUCACAUGAGUGUUCAGUGUUAUUUUUUUGAGAAAUGUUAAAGCCUUAAGAAAUCCAAUCUAGUAGUUACUCUAAAUGUUUGAUGAAGAAUAUAAUUUAGAUGUGUUUUUAAGCUUUAUUGGUACUAUGUUUUGUUCUUAUCAUCUAAAUAUGAGGUAUAAAGUUAUGGAGAUGAUAUUUGUUAUGCCUUACCUGCAGCUUAUAGGUAUAAUAAUUUUUUUGACCAUAUAGAUUACAGGAAUAGAGAAAUAGUAUAUUGCAGUCUUUGCAUCCAUAGCCUUCUUGUGAAUGGUUGUAUCCCUUUCAGAAAAUGUUGUGCAUGUACACAAAGCAAAAUGCGUGCAUUUAUUCAGUAGGUAAAAGUUUAAUUUAUUGUAUAAUUAGAAUAUCUUGGAGAAUGUUUAAAUUCUGUUUUCAAUUUUUUAAAUAUUCUCCUUCAGAUUGUUUUUUUUUAUGUUAACAUCUAAAAGUAAAAUCAUUUGUUCUAUGUAGAAGUUACUCUGAGCCUAGGUUUUAAAAUUCCUUUCUUUAAGAUAUUUUAAGUAUCUUCUUAUGUUUGGAUUAAGGGAGUACAUAAUCAGAUUCAGUUCUUAGAAGUGAAAGGGGGUAGGUGAUGCAUUACUUUUUUUAUGGACACUGACCUGUGUCCUUGGGGAAGGGGAUUUUCAUCUCUAGGGACAUUUUCAUUCUUUCUCACUGAAGUAGAAUCCCAUGUUGUGACACAUGGCUGUAAAUAUCAAUAUCUCCACAGACUAGAAUUUUUUAUACAAGGAAUAGCCAGUUGUUUAGUGUAACUAAACCUCUUUGCAAAUAAAACAGAGGAAAACAGGUAGUAGUUGUAUCUAACAUAAAAGAAAGCCUGCUAUUGGCUUAACUCUGGUAUCUCCCCGCUUCCUUGGAGGCCACUAUUAUAGUCUUUAUUGCAUCCUCUUACUGUCUGCUUUGAUAUCUCUACAGAAUUUUGAUGUGCGCAUCUUUAGAGUUCUUAUGCUUUAUAUCUUCCCCCAAAUCAGUAAUUAUCUAGUAUCUUUUCAUAGGAUAGAAUUUGUCCUUUCUACCCUUCAAUAUGUUCUCCUUCCCCCAGUCUUCCUUCUUUUUUUCCUUCCUUCCCUUUCUUCCUUCUUUCCUCCCUCUCUCCCUUUCUUUCUUCCUUUUUAUGAGUAAAAUAUUUCAAAAACAUUUACUAUAGGCCAAGUGGUUGACCUCAUUUUAACCUCAUAAUUGAGAUAUUAAAGUAUAAGAAUACAAGACCAACCAAGAUGCACAAAAACAGGAUUAACAUGUGAUUGGUUAGAAUUAAUAUUAUAGAUGAUUAUUAUAUCCUAAAAUUCUAAGUGUUUGAAUUACCUCUUGAUUUAAUAUUUUAGUUCCUACACCUUCAUUUUUUUGGACUAGUAUUGGUUGGUGAAUGAAUGCUAAUCCAGAACUUACCAACAAAACCCAAAAUUUAGUGUGGGGUAGAUUAAGUUUUGAUUAAUUGCUAUAGAUAAACCAAAUGAAUUAAAGUACAGGGGGUGGUGUUUACUCAUUAAGCAGUUCCUUGAUAUCAAUGAGGGGUAAUUUUCAUGUACUCCCAAUAUCAAAGAUGAAUAAAAUAUAUGACUGAAAAAAAUUUUCUCCUCAGUUUUAUUCUGUCAGGGUAGAAGGAGAAUGUUGUUGAUAUUCCCUGUCUUUUAAAAAGUUUAGCACAAAGACUGUGCCCACUUUUAUUUCAAUAUAACAUAUAUUACAUGAUUUGAUAGGAUGGAAUAGUUAGGAACAUAGGAGAGAACGGUGUCAGGAAGGGAUCUAGAUCCAGCAGGAGCUAUGUACUUACACUCUCCUUUUUUUCCUGGCCUUUCCUGAUAUUAGAGGUAGAAGUCAUUAUGUGGAUGAGAUGAAGCAGUUUAGGAAUGAAUAAUGGUGAAUCUUGGGUAAUGAAAGGGAAUGUUCUAGGAAAACAUUUCAGUCUCAUCUGAACCAUUCCCUUCUCUUCCAGCACUUGGUCUUAAUAUUCUCAGAAAACUGGGUAUUUCCCACCUCUCUUCUUAAUUUUUCAAAGCAAUACUUGAUGAUAUAUUCUUUAUUAAAUAAUAAUUUAGGCAAUAUAAAUAAACCAAAAUUCACCUGAACAUUCUCUCCCCCAGGAGAGUGUAACCACUCUUUUCUGGGAUAGACUCUUCUAGGCCUUGUUCCUGUGUGUUGACUUAGAUUUUGUGGAGAUCCUCAUUUUCACUAGUUUGGAUUAGCUCAUUAACAGCAGGCAAUUGAAUAAACAGUUAUGUUAUGCACACUUACGUUAUGCAGCCUGUAGUAGGAGGUAACUCUGUUGCUUUACUUGAAUAUAUUUUGUGCAUGACAGUUGAGCAAUUCUGACCCCUGCCAUUGUUGGCCAGACAACUGUUCUAGCUCUUUUAUUUUCUAUGAAUUGAUUACGUUUUUCUAGAUAGAAUAGAGCAUUUUUCUUUAAAAGAGAAUGCUGAAGUUUCUAGUGCUUUUCUUUAAUUGUGAGUGUGAGUAUGAGUGUAUUAUGCAUGUUUUCUUGGUUGUGGACAAUGCAACUUGGAGUCCUUUUGUUUUGAGACUCAACAGCUUUAUAUUUAAUUUUACAGUUAAUUUUAAAAGGUUAGCUGCAAAGGAUGAAAGAGUUUUGCUAUAGAAAUUACCACAGCUUGGUCAAAAUAGAGAGUUGUGUUUUUGUUUGUUUGGCAGCAAUCAAAAGAGUGGCCUAGAGAUAGUAAGGGUUAAGCAUCCAGAUUUCUGUAAAUGAACUUAUACAUGUCCAUGUGAUUAAAAAUGUCAUUUGACAAAUUUACAUGGUAAAUAAGCAUUCAGUGAAUACCUCUUAAAUCUUACCACCAAAAUUAACUCUGAACUUGAGUAAAUAGGAGAUUUCUAUAUGGUGACUUUUUCCUGUGGAACUUGGGGUUGCUAGGUUAUCAAGAGUUUCAUCUUGCCUUCAGAAUUGGCAUACUCAGGUGAUAGUUCAUAGCCCUUUUUCAUUAUGCCCCAUCUUGGAUGAAACCUUAGAAUACAACUCUCAUUUAACUUUAUUAUUUCUUUUUUGUUUUCUCAUUUUUUAAUAAUUGACUAGAGAAAAGUUUAUGAUAAUAUAUAUCUGUGGUUUAGCAGUGUAACAGUAGAUGGCAACCUUUUUUUCUUUUUAAAAAUUUUCCCUUUCCAUGUCAACUGGAUCAAUUAGUUUUGGUUUUGAGAUUCUGAAGUAGAAGGUAGAAUCAGCAGAGAGUGAUGUACCUAUUUGGUUAAUGAUAUGUAUCAUGAGCUUGGUAAAAGGUGUGAGGAAUGGUGGCGAGGAUUUCUGUCAUUGAGAACAUAGGGCAAUGAUUAUGGUGUAGGCUUGGUGUAACUUUGCCAGAUUUUAUUUUUUUAAGCACUCACAAUAAACACAAACGACUCAUAAUUGAUUCCCUGUUUUCAGUUUCUACUCUCUAAGUAGGAUGUAUUUAACUAUAUGAAUAUUUUAAAAAUAGAAAAUAGAAACAAACAUAACUCAUCAUCUCUUUAUUCGGGCCAAGUGUAUAUGUAUGCAUAAGUAAUGUAUAUAAUUCACUUACUAGCAGUGCCUUUAUGAAUUUGAAAGCCUUUGCAACCUUGACAUAAUGCUCAGGAAAAAAAUAAAGUGCCAAUACUAUUUUCUAACAGUAUGAAUUUCGUAAGUGAAAUUCAAUAGCAUAUCAGUGCUUUGUGUAAGUCACCUUUCAUGUUUAGAUCAUCCUUGGUCAUCACUUGAGAGAAGAGUUUCAGUUCAUUUGUUUUUUUGUGGUUUUGCCUAAGUAGCAGACCUCCUUAGAGAUAAGUUGCCCUUAUUUUUCCUUGCUGUGUUUUAUUAAUAUAGGCCACGACUUUGGGGCAGAAAAUGCUCAGGUUACAACUUUUAUUUCUUGCUUUUGUAAAUCAGGCCAUGUUGGCCACAUGAUGUCCUUGAAAGUGACUUGAGUUUGGAAGCCUGGUAAAAAUAUACCAAUGACCUACCAUUUUUGGUCUCAUAACAGUCCUUUUUGGUACAUAUGGCAUCCUCUACUAUGAUGUUUGCAUUUGUCAUCUUUGGGGAUUUCACUCCUAUAGAUAUUUUCUUUUUUGGGGGGAGUAUGAUGUGAGUAGAUAUAGUUUUAGGUGAUUUUUUUUUUUUAACACUUCAAGUAUAUUAAGUAAGUAGCUUGCUCUAGAAAAAAUGAAGAAAUGAAGGGUUUUCUGUUGUGUAGCUUUGAUUUUUUGUUUUUAUCCUCUGCUUUCCAUACUACAUGUUUUUUUCUUUCUGGUUUUCAAAAUUCUGUGUAUUAUCCUGCUUCAACCUGCUCUGAAGAACGUACAAGAAAUCAUGGUUGGAUAUUAAAAAGUAAAUUUCUAAGCACUUUAUAAUUUGCCAAAAAGCAAGUCAUGAUUUUUUCCUAUUCUUUUUACCUUUCCCUUUUUCUUCACUUUUUUUCUCUCCAGUUUUGAUGAUUCUAGAGUCCUCAAAAAUGACUCUUUGAUAUCUCUCUAUUUGGUGUAUUAUUUUGGAAAAGAAAAGAAUCACUUGGGUAUGGCGGUGAGUCCAAAGGGGCUGUUACCAUUUAAUUUAUGGUAGCUUAUUCAUUUAUUUACCGCUUUAAAAACUUUCUUUAGUUAGUAUUCAUUUGACUACUCACUGAAUACCGUGUUUCUAAUAUUUAUCUUUGCUUUCUAAAUGGUUUUUUUUUUACAUUAUUUCACCUUUUAAUUCUUAAGUGCACUUAAAGCUCACUGUUUUAUUAUUUAAUAGCUUAAAUAAAUUAUCUUAACUAUAAUUGGCUUUCUUAAAAACUUCACUUUUUUAGUUAGCUAGUUGAAUACUAUUUCUUAUUCACAUUUGCACACCAAUUAUUAUCUUAACCUAAACAUAAAUAAACAUUAGAAAAAUGUCCUUGCUUGCUUUAAAUAUUUUCUUUGUUGUGUAUAAAUAUUAUUAAAAACAUAAGCACAUGAAUUUCUUUUUGCCUUUUAAAUGUCUUUGUUUUUGAUUAGCUAUAAGUAAUACAUAUAAUAUUUGCAACAACAGUUUGUGGGUAUUUAAAUGAAAAAUUUGUAACUUUAGAAGAAAAAUAAAUUGGAAAUAUUGGAAUUGGUAGACGAGCUAGCCAUGAAAUAAACUUAGUAAUCUAAUAGCAAAUAUGGAUAUCACCAAGCACUUUAAUUUUAAAGCACCUUCAGAAUAGGAUUUUUAUUCCCAAAAGGGAGGGGAAUAAACUUCAUUUUAAAAUAUAUGUAUGCUUAUUUUGUGGGUAUUCUUUUUUUCUCUUCCAAAUUCUAAAAGGUGUAUAUUUAUAUUUUUGUUAUGACAAUUCUGCUUGUUUAUUGUAGUAAUUUUAUAAAUUCAAUAAAACUGAGUCAUGUGAACGA